AUGGCCAGUUCAGAGUUCGCGAUUCCUGAAAAAAUUGAUUCCACUACUUUUGAACGUUACCAAAAACUUCUUUACAGGGCAUUAUUAAAUAUAAGCGCAAAACGCAAUAAUGAAUUGCCCUCCAAAGAAGUACCGUUUUAUCGAAUGAUUGAUUCAACGGCGGCACGCAAAAUGGAUCAACUUUCAGGAAGAAUUUUACCAAAAAUCAAUCAAAUGAUCUCUAAUGCUGAUUUACCCGGCUCUGAAGGAUUUUGUGAAAUUACCGAAGCUGAAGAUGUUGAUUCUUGGAGUAAAGACUUUGUCUCUUUAGUUGAUUCCCUUAUUGACGGAGUCAACGUUUCGUUGGAUGAAUUCAGUGGUCGAAGUAAAAAAAUCUCGGCUACAGUAAAUAAAUCAAAACCAGUUAUUGCAGAAAUCUCGAACGUAAGUUCAAGAGACUUUCGAUUUCUAUAUGGUAAUGCUAUUGGUCGUCCUCAAUUGAAGUUUAAGGAUAAAGUUGACAAUUCCUCUGCGCCCUUUAUUCCAAAGCUUGUUGAGAAACCGAAUGCAUUAGUUCCAUGGGAAAUAAAUGUUAGGGAAAAUAAAGAUAUAUUAUUCUAUCCACACCCUUAUGAGUAUGAGAUUAAAAAUAUCAUUUAUCCAGCUUUCAUGCUUGAGGAUAAGGAACCAAUACCAUAUAGUCCUAUCAUGGACUCAUCUCAUAUUUGGGUGGAAACUUUGGAAGAUUUAAAGGCAAUGUGCGAAAAAUUGGAGAAUAAUAACGAGAUUGCGAUCGAUUUAGAGCACCACGAUUAUCGUUCAUAUCAAGGGUUUACUUGUUUAUUACAAAUAAGUACAAGAGAUGAUGAUUUUAUCGUGGAUGCAUUAGCUUUAAGAAAUUCUUUACAAAUAUUGAAUCAGUACUUUACUAACCCAAAUAUCGUAAAGGUAUUUCAUGGUGCCGAAUUCGAUAUUAUUUGGCUACAAAAGGAUUUUGGUGUUUAUAUUGUCAACUUAUUUGACACGUUUCAUGCUGCCACUCUUUUGGAACUUCCUCAAAAAUCAUUAGCGUAUCUUCUGAAACAUUAUUGUGAAGUUGAAGCAGAUAAAAAAUAUCAAUUGGCGGAUUGGAGGAUAAGGCCUAUCCCAUCGGAAAUGUUAUAUUAUGCUCGCUCGGAUACACACUAUUUACUGUAUAUAUGCGACAGAAUGAGAAAUGAGCUAAUUGCCAAGUCCGAAAAUCUUUUGAGAGUAACGCUUGAACGAUCUGCUGAGACUUCACUGAAAACAUAUAAAAAAAUUGUUUAUGAUGAAGAUGGUGAAGGACCUGGUGGUUAUAUGAGAUUGCAAGCAAAAUGGAAAACAUCGUUCGAUUAUCAACAAUUUGCAGUUUUCAAAGCUCUUCAUGCUUGGCGAGAUCGAAUUGCAAGAGAGGAAGAUGAGAGCACUGGUUAUGUGUUACCAAAUGAAAUGCUCAUUGCGAUGUCUGAAAAAAUGCCGGAUGAUCCUAAAGAAAUUUCUGCUUGUUUCAAAACCGGUGUUCCUUCGCUCGUUAGAAUGAAUAUUCUUGAAUUGUCGAGAUUAAUUAAAGAUACAAAAAGCGAUGCAACAAUGCCUUCAACGUCGCUUGUUCAAUCUAAAUCCGCAGAAAAUAAUACAAUUACUGAGGAUAUGGAAGUGGAUUCGAAUGAAUCUAUAGGUACAAAUAGGAAUAGUAUGCUAUUAAAUAAUUUCGUUUGUUUUUCGCUCCACUAUUCAAAAAAUGCAUUGCUAUUUGUUUAG